AUGUUGAAGAACUUUGAAAGAGGGCAACGUGGGCAGCAACUGACGGCACUGGAGGAUAAGCUGUUUGCAGAAGUAGAACUCACGGAGAAGGAGAAAGAAAUAUUGGAGAAGCUAGAAACUGUGAAGAAUGGUAUGGAGUGGUCAGGUGGUAAAAUUUCAGAACGCAGAGUUGACUACUCGGGCGUCGGGGGCGUAGAGCAGUGUGUACACAGGCCCAAAAGGACACCAUUUCCGUGGGUCACAAAUAUAAAUGAGAGCUCCAUUGACAAGCUUAAGAAAAAGAUUACUGUAACUUGGGCUGACAUUGAAAAUGUCAAUGAGGCCACAUUGGCGAUUUUCGUAGGCAUGAAAAAAGCCAUUAUAACGGAUGAUUUGGAUUUGCAGAGAACAUUAAAGGCUUUCACUGAUUUCAAAUUCCAAGAAGUCUAUCGCUUGUUUGGCAUCUCUGAAGGCGAAGAUCCCUCUCUAAGCAUUCCUGGUGUUUAA